UCUGGGACUCUCCAUUCCCAAGAUCCCUGAGAGGAGCAGGCUCACCCAGCACAUAGCAUUGUUCCAUCUUCCUGGCUGCCCUUCCGGGGAUGUGCUAGGGGCUUGCCCUCUGCCCUUCUCCUGUGUUCCUGGCUGCCCUUCCGGGGAUGUGCUAGGGGCUUGCCCUCUGCCCUUCUCCUGUGUGUCUCUGUCUCCAUCUCCAUCUCUGGCUGUCUUUCCUUUCUGACUCUGGUGCCUGACUCACACACACACACACACACACACACACACACACACACACACACACGCACGCAGACACACACACAACCCAGAAGGACCUAGGACUGCAACGCUUCACCACGGCUUGGGACAACAGAACUGUGGGAUGUUGGGGUUCUGAGGGCUGCAAGUCCAAGGUCACAGUGCUGGCAGGGCUGGGUUCCCUCUGAAAACUGGCAGGAAAGCUCCAUCCCGGCCUCUCCUGGUUGCUGGGGCCAUCCAUGUGUGCCUCCCCGGAGGAGGGAUGCCAUCAUGCAGUUUAGGGGCUUCACAGCAGCAGAACCUCUCCUGACAUGACCAUCUGCAGACUCAGCUGUCCAGGAAGGCCACAACUGGUGACCUGAAGGUCAGGGAGGCCACAGGACUUUCUGGGUGACAGACACUACUGAGCAAGUGGUUGUGUCCCCACAGGAGAGUCUCCUCCAUUUCACAUACAUCACUGGCUAGUCAAGAGACAGUUUGUGCAAGGGCGGGCACACAAAAUAAACAGGCCUGGGCCACAUGAGGGACGUUGUAAACAGACCAGGGCACAUGGAGGGCAGAGUCACCUGCAGGAUCUGCAAUCACCAAGGAGUAAAAUGUGCAGCUAAGCCAGGACUGGGUGGUGCUGGAGUGGAGAUAUUAGUGACCUCUCAGAGUGACCCACAUUGUCCAAGGUUCAGCCUCCAGAGAAACAGGAUUGCCCAGGAAGUCUGAGGCGGCCUAGGGAGGUAGAGAGGUAGCCAGAGCCAAGCAUUCAGCACAUGGACACCUGGCCCGUCAUGCAUAGAUCUAGACCCUAUGUGGGCACUGAAGGCCCCAGGGUACACGCCUUCACCAGAUGUGGGAGAGCAGGAAGUCCCCCCAGAACUCCUUGCACCCUGUGCGUAUGCCCCCUUCUCCCUGUCCCCACCUCUUCCCGAUGUUUCUACCCCCACUGCAUCUUCUCCUCUGUCCCAGCGCUAAGUGGCUUCUUUAUCUGUGACAACUGAAGAUGUCUGGCCCUAUCUCCCUCCCUGUCCGGUUCCUCUGUGCUGAGGAAGUCUGGGACAGGGCUGUUGCGCAUGCACUUGGAGUUCGCUCUCCAUCUUUCCUCCCUUCUCUGCAGCUAUCUCGGCUAGGAUCCUGGUUACCAUGGCAACACUGCGGCUGUACCAGGUGGCAAUGGGGGCAGGGAGCUGGCCUGCCGCAGCCCGCCUUGUCCUAUGCCAGGCCUGCCAGGCGAUGGCUGGACUCAUUCUGGGGGCACUUAGGAACCCCAGCUAUGCAGGCCCCUUCAUCAUAAAUGGGGUAGGGGGUGGGAGAGGAUGCAGGAGACCAGGAAUGCAAAGAGGCAGGGGACUGUAGCCUCGAGGUGGGAUGAGUGAUGCCCAGGACAGUUGAGGUGAGCUCAAGGGCAAUUAGACUGUAGGGUGGGGGAGGGGACUCUGGCCAGGACUGAGGGGCAUGGAGGACUGGGGAAGACAGGACACAGGUGGGCAUGAAGGACCACAUGACAUUCCAGCCAGAUGAAGGGGUCUGCAAGGGACCUGGUGGAAGACCCAAGUUCCUGUCCCCACUUCUUCCUCUGUCCCAAGCAAAAUACAGUUUCCAUGACAACCUGCUGGCCAGCCUGAGGAGGGGGUGCUGCAAAGGGAUUUUUUCUACCUCAUGAGGCAUGGGAGAGUGUGGGGUGCACAGGAGGCAGUGUAGUAGUGGGCACACAGAGCCACAGGAGGCCUAGCUCCCAAGCCACCAUGCCAGCCAGCACAGAAGGGCAGAGGGCUCACAGAAAAGCACCCCCACCCCCACCAUCCUGCUCCCUCCCUCUGGCUCCAGUGGAGAGGGUCAAGGGUCAAGCUCCAAAGAUCAUUCACUGCUUAUGCCCAGUACAGAGCCCAGCAAGCACUGAAGAGCCCCCACAACUGGACACCGUGCUAAAGGCCAAGGCCACCACUAUGGCCCCUCUAGUCCCUCAGAAGGUGGGGAUUGUGGGUUAUGGCCGUCUGGGACAAUCCCUUGUGUCCCGCCUUCUGGCUCAGGGAUCAGAACUGGGCUUAGAACUUGUUUUUGUAUGGAACCGAGACCCUGGACGAAUGGCAGGGAGCGUGCCCCCUGCCCUGCAGCUCCAAGACCUUACUACCCUUGGGGAAAGGCACCCUGACCUUGUGGUAGAAGUGGCCCAUCCAAAUAUAAUCCACGAAUCAGGGGUACAAAUCCUGCGCCAUGCUAACCUCCUGGUGGGGUCUCCUUCAGCUCUGGCUGACCAGACCACAGAGCAACAGCUCAUGGAGGCCUCAAACCACUGGGGCCACACUGUGUUUGUGGCCCGAGGAGCCCUGUGGGGGGCUGAAGACAUCCGGAGACUGGAUGCAGCCGGUGGCCUCCAGAGCCUUCGAGUCACCAUGGCCACACAUCCUGAUGGCUUCCGGCUGGAGGGAUCCCUGGCUGCAGCACACAGCAGUGGGCCCCGCACAGUGCUCUAUGAGGGCCCUGUGCGUGGGCUCUGCCCCUUGGCUCCCCGAAACUCUAACACCAUGGCAGCCGCUGCCCUGGCUGCCCCCAGUCUAGGCUUCGACCGUGUCAUUGGGGUGCUUGUGGCUGACCUUAGCCUCACAGACAUGCACGUGGUGGAUGUGGAGCUGAAAGGCCCUCCAGGGCCCACGGGCUGCAGCUUUGCCGUGCACACCCACAGAGAGAACCCAGCCCAGCCUGGCGCGGUCACCGGCUCUGCCACUGUCACAGCCUUCUGGCACAGCCUACUGGGCUGCUGCCAGCUCCCCUCCAGACCUGGGAUCCACCUCUGCUGACAAGUCUUCUCCCCCACUGCCCUUGCUGUCACUUCGAACAUUAUAUGUCUCAGUAAACAUCAGAAUUGUG